UCGCUUCUGUUCUGUUGUCAGUCGAGUUUUGGCGUUCGUCGAGGCCAGUUGUGCGCAGGUUCGAGUUAGAGGUGAUUGUUCAAGCGUCUUAAGUUUGUUUGUGUAAAGUGUCGGAAAAGCCGAGACAAGAGACCCGCAGAUUGUGACUUUUUCCGUGCUUUAAGGAAGUUUAUGAGUGGUGUAUUUGCUGGUGGUGUGGCUUUUUUUCGUAGAUGAGUAAAAGCCGGUAAGAUAAGCGUCAAGAGCUGGGAUGAGUAAUCGUGGCAGGACUCGCCAUAUUCUCUGAAAUGGGGUUUGGGGCAUUACUCACAGGUUUGGGGGAAGCGUGGGUAGAGGUGGCAUUACUGUACUUUGGGACCGAAAUGACUUCAGGCGAUGCCAACCUCGACAAAAAGAUGAUUUGAAGAGAGACGCUCCUUCACAACGUUCCAGAGCAGCGUCUAACUACCCCCCAAAUCAACCCUGCUCAUGCAUUGACGGAAUGGAUGUGGAAAAUGGAUGGAUGGAUCAGGAGACUUCUUUGGUCUCCAGUCAUUAGCAUAAGCCAUCGCUCAUCCUGGAGAGGACUUUGAGAUAUAAAACUCCAGAAGUGACGGUGCACACACUUGCCUUUGGGAUUCACUCUCUAAUCCUCUCCUAAGAAAACGAGCAAAAGUUGCUCGAGACAAUUUGGUAUGGCUUUCCAUUGAAACAAGACUCCGGAAGCCAAGAGUGCCGUGCAAAUUUCAAGAUCAUCAUUACUAAUUGAGUAAAAAUUGGGUCUUCGAUGAUCAUCAUCAUCACCAUCAACGCUACCACUUCGAUCGUUAUCCAAGUCCAAGCGUAAUCCGUGCCCAACGUUGUCAAUUAGUGCAAAGAAAAGGCUCAUUCCAAGAGCGAAAGAGCGAAAACGCCAUGAGGGUUCAGAUUCGGUCUUGUUGUUGCGCUUUGCACACGUUCGUGCGGAUCUUGAGCAUCAUCAUGAUCCUCGGCUACAUGUUCAUGGGCCUCAUCUCUUUCAUAGUGUAUGGUGUGACCACAUCGGGGACGGCUUUGGCCCAGAAUCGAACUUUCGUCAUAGUGUUUGUGCUCAUGUUGGUGUUCUGCUCACUGGGCAUUGGAGUAAGCGUUCUGGUUCUGUUGGCGAUCCGGAUGAACAAGCGAAUGCUGAUGUUGCCCUGGCUCGUGUUCAAAAUGAUGGUAAUCAUUGGUUUAUUCGUCUUGGGAAUCUACAUCGCAUUACACUUCACACUUUUGUCGGAUCGAGAUACCUCGGAGGAAUCUUUCUCGCCAGCUUAUGCCAUUUUCUCAAUAUUCCCAUUGGUGUUUGCCAUAUUCCUGGUGUUCUUGUGGAUCCUGGUGGAUCAGCUCUUCAUUCAGAUGAAAACUAUUAAAAAGCUGGGCCUUAAAACGAUGUCAGCAUCCAAUCUCUCCCAACUGAGGAGCAAUAUCACGUAUCAUAACGAGAGCCUUCGAAGUGCUAAAAGUGUGAAGAGCCUCAAAAGUGUCCGCAGCGUUCCGAGUUUCAAAAAAAAUCCCCAACUCAAGCCACGAAGAUCGAAGUCCAACACCAGUGACCGAUUUCCACAUGUCAUUCAAAUCCCAGAACCCAUGGGGUAUCACUCUCAAAGUUUACCACGACCUCGGCAUAGGAGAAACAAACCACGAGGCCAACUUCAAGAUCCUCGGCCUCGGCCGGACGGCCGCAAACCAAUCAAACGGGCCAAAAGUUUGGAGCACAUGCUGGACUCAGCCUCCUCGUCCUCUCUGUAUAGUGCCACUGUCAGCCACGCCCCACCUCACAUUUGGUUGAAUACAUCAGGCAAGGCACUAAAACGACGGACGAGUUCCUUGAAGUCGAAAAACAAACACAAUGUGUCAGUUUCGGAUGUACCCGGUGCUCCAAGUCCUUUGACCACCUCGUCGUCGGCUUCUUCAUCGACAGUGUCCCCAGUUCCUCCUCCACCCCCAAGUUAUUGCACAAUCGACAGGUCCAGGAUGACCAACCGGCUCGAGCGCUCGCCAGGAAUCCCUACGAAUACGCCCAAUUAUAUGCAAGUUCAAACCUUACCUCGGAAGCCAAACCGUACUUCUGUGCCUGUUGAAACAAUGGGACGCCAAAAGAGGUCCAGAUCAGUGGACCUUUUAACUCCUGACAACAAAUUCCACGUGAACAGUGAUCCCGUGAGUUGCGAACAAGCUAUCGAGAACGAAUUCAGGGUGCCCAAUCGAACAGAAUUCGCAAGUACGCCUUACAUUGGAGACUGCGGGAUUGAGGAGCUAAAACGGAUCACUUCUGAGCACAUUUUGGAGGGCCGUACCCCCGGGACCAAGUCGGUUACCAUACAUCCAGAUGUCACUGAAUUCCAUUACCCUGAUGACACUCAUUCAUCCAUUCACGAUAAGGGGUUUGAAGACGACAUUGAUGACUUGCCUCUUCCCCCUCCUCCUUUAGAGGCGUGGCUACCAGAGCCUAUCUAUCCAGCACCCUCUGUUGAGCGACAAGACAGUAAAUCCUGGUUGGCAAAAUUGAGUCCCAAAACAAAACCAGGAUAUACCAAGGAUCAAAUCAUAGACUUAUAUUGCCAAGUAGGAGACGUGCAACUUUAAUAUUGUCCCAGAAAUAAAUGUUAAUCCAAAUU